AUCCAUUUCUGACUUUCCAAAGCAAAGCUGCCGUAGCCGUAGGGGUUGCUUCUUUUUUGUUAAUCAUUUUCUAACAAUUUUGAAAUCAAUACCAGAAGUGACACAAAAGACAACACAUUACGGCUUAGUUCACUCAGCCUGUCACCCCCUUUGUUCGUAAAUCUUUGUCCGAUUUCCUCUCAGGCAUGUGACUUCCAUAAAUCCCACAAUCAUCACUAACAAAAAAGCUUAAACCCACUUGUUUACUCUUUUCUGCCUACAAAAUUUCUUAAAAUAUAACCCUUUAACCAGUAAUUGAGAAUGGGCGGCUGUACCCAACAGCUACAGCCUUGCCUCCUUGUGUACUCCUUAUAUGUCAUAAUUCAUUGCACAAUUAUUGCCCACUUCUUUCUCUGUGUUGGGAUUCGGGAUUUCAAGCUUUUGUUCACUUCAAUUGAGGACUUUCAUCGAAAACGCUGGGAGGAACAACGAUAUAGUGAGUUUUAGGUAGACAAAGAGCAAUGUCUCUGAGACCCAGUUCGCGUACUGAGGCACGGAAAAAAUCCUACAAGAGUGGCGUCGACGGAGAUGAAGCUCGACGAAGGAGGGAGGACAAUUUGGUUGAGAUUAGGAAGAGCAAGCGAGAGGAUAGUCUUCUUAAGAAAAGAAGAGAAGGUCUUCUUCUUCUUCAAUCUCAGAAUUUAAGUGAGCUUUCACAAGCCAAUGCUGGGAUCGACAAAAAGUUAGAAAAGCUUCCUGUAAUGGCAGAAGGAGUGUUAUCGGACAACCCUACCCUGCAGUUGGAAGCCACUACUCACUUCAGAAAGCUAUUGUCAAUUGAGCGCUGCCCUCCCAUCGACGAGGUGAUAAAAGUAGGUGUUGUUUCUUGCUUUGUGGAGUUCCUGGAUAGGCAUGAUCUGCCUCAGCUCCAAUUUGAAGCGGCUUGGGCAUUAACAAAUAUUGUGUCUGGGACAUCAGAACAUACACGUGUUGUUAUUGAUCAUGGUGCCAUCCCCAAAUUUGUGCAACUUCUUGGCUCUGCAAAUGAUGAUGUCCGGGAACAGGCAGUGUGGGCAUUGGGUAAUGUUGCUGGUGACUCUCUUAGUUGUAGGGAUCUUGUUCUUGGCCAUGGUGCACUAAUGCCAUUACUUGCACAAUUCAAUGAGCACUCAAAACUAUCAAUGCUAAGGAAUGCUAGUUGGACGUUAUCAAACUUCUGUCGUGGAAAGCCACCAGCUCCAUUUGAGCAGGUUCAGCCAGCAUUGCCAGCCCUUCAGCACCUUAUCUACUCAAUCGAUGAUGAAGUUUUAACUGAUGCCUGCUGGGCACUUUCUUAUCUUUCCGAUGGCACAAAUGACAAAAUUCAGGCUGUGGUUGAAGCAGGCGUUGCUCCACGACUUGUGGAGCUUCUACUUCAUCCAUCAACAACAGUCGUUGUACCUGCACUUCGAACUGUAGGGAACAUUGUCACGGGUGAUGAUGUGCAGACUCAGUGUAUAAUUGACAAUCAAGGGCUCCCUUGUCUCUACCAACUUCUCACACAAAACUACAAAAAGAGCAUCAAGAAAGAAGCCUGCUGGACAAUUUCAAAUAUCACUGCUGGGAAUAGAAAUCAAAUACAGGCUGUAAUUGAAGCAAAUAUCAUUUCUCCUCUUGUACACUUGCUACAACAUGCUGAAUUUGAAAUCAAGGAGGAGGCAGCAUGGACAAUUUCCAAUGCCACUUCCGGGGGUUCCCGAAAACAGAUUCAACAUUUGGUGAGCCAAGGUUGCAUUAAGCCACUUUGUGAUCUUCUGGUUUGUCCUGAUCCUAGAAUUGUGACAGUGUGCCUUGAGGGUCUGGAGAGUAUUCUAAAGAUUGGUGAAACUGAAAUGGAAUUGGGUAAUACCUCAAUCAAUAUCUAUGCACAGAUGAUAGAUGAGUGUGAUGGGUUAGAUAAAAUUGAAAAUCUGCAGAGCCAUGACAACCAUGAGAUUUAUGUAAAGGCAGUUAAGAUUUUGGAGAGGUACUGGAUUGAAGAAGAGGAGGACCAGAAUGUUGUAGAUGGCAGUGGAGACAUGAGCUUUGGGACAAACCAGCAGCCAAGCCUUCCCUCGGGAGGAUUCAAAUUUAGCUGAAAUUGUUGCAAUAGAUGUUUUUUUCAGCUUUAGGGCUCUUUUUUUUUUUUUUUUUGGUGAGUUUUACCCUAAUAGUGUAAUGAUUGUGUGCCUUUGAUUGUAUUAUCAUGUUGGUUGAAACAGGAAUUUUUAAAGGAUGAGCAGCGUUUCUAGCAUGAAA